UCCCUGUGCACAAGAAAUCCGGCGACCGGCCGCCAGUCGCCUGCGCUCCGCUGCGCGUUUCGGGCCAGCUGCCUCCGGCUGGGAUGCGCUCCGUCCCCGUCGGUGUGACGUGCGCCGCUGUCGGACCGGCCGCGCUUCCUCCAUCGAUCCGGGAUUCUGGGAGGGGCAUCCUGUCCGGCCGGGAAUGGCGGAUAGGGCUGGACAUGCAUCUGGAUAGAGGAUGACAUGGGGGCGCGGUGGAGUGGCACCCAAGAAAUCCGUGUUUAAUCCCAGCAUACGCGUACUGGUCUUCGUCAUGGAUCUGGAAAUAGUGUCCUGCUUUGAAGAGUCAGAAGAGGUAAACCUGGGUGUUUGUUAAUACACAGAUAUACUUUCUGCAUGUUUUUGUUUUUUGGUAAACAAUAACAGCCAUGUUGUUCGUAUUACACUGGGCUUUCUUGAGAUUGUUUUUAGUUUUCAGAUUUCAGCGUUUUUCAUUCGACGCGUUCUUAAUGAAGUGUAUUCUCUAUACAUGAUGGGUUGUUGCACUGUGUUAUCAGGUGAAAUUUGUUCGGUGCAUGUUGCAAGUCCGCACAUAUUUUUCGUCUGACCGUGCGUAUCACCACCCCAUAUCUGCCUCUUUCAGGUCCAUUCAUGUUUAUUUUCUCUGCAUUACACACAGUGGGACGGUCACUUUCAUAGCAACUUUUCGUGCCCAGUCUGGCCUGUGCGCGAUGUUGCGUUAAAUUGCAUUAAAGUUCUGGGGCUCUUCGCUCUACUCGUUGCAGCUGGGAAAUUGCACCAAUGCAGCAAACCCCGAAGCGAGCAUCGGCUGGGAUACUGUGUUGCAUGUGCGGCGGUACCCUGGGAAGGAUAACAUGUAUUAUCCUAGGUUCCGGCGCCGCUGUUGUAUAACCCUCGUUUUCCUUUACAUAAAAGACAUUAUAGUCGGAGCAGUUCGUUUUUCAUGAACUCGGCGCAGUUUUGCGGCAGACAACGCUGCACACAUCGCAUGCAGAAACAACAAUGCAAAUAAAUAAACAUCCGAAUAAAUCUGAGGCAGAGCAAGACAAAUGCAGGUUACAAUUGCAGUUGUUUUGGGGAAAGCAGCGCAACGUGGUGGUGAAUUACUGGGUCCCUGAUGGUUUGCGGCUCAAGUCCCGGGAGAACUCUGCUGGUCACCUUGACUCUGAAUUACACCAGUUAUGCACCCAGCCGUGUAGAUGGCUGAGCGCGCAAACUGCCUCGCCGUCAGAUGCGGCGUCUAAAUCACCACGCAACAGGUCUGGCAGUAUCCAGAGCAGGUUAAAGGCAGCAUGGGGUCAGUUCCGAUACGUGGGGAGCUGAAAUGGGUGUGAGUGCGGGUGGGAAGCUGGCAGGUGUGGAUUUCGAGCUGCCGGCAGUGAGCUGUGAGUUUGACGUGGGACGUGGCUCCUGCCUCUGGCCAGCCGCCUUUUCGUUCGCCGUUGGCAGGAUGAGGGGAAAUGAAGCGCGUUUUGUCACAUAGCGCUAAGUGAUAUCCUGACCGGCACGGUGAACUGCCAGAGCUGCCGGGUCAAGCAACCUCAAUGCAGCUCAGGCACUGAGUCAGGAUAAGUAGCUAUGGUGCGGAUGGCAAGGCCUACAUGAAGCAGGGGGGAGAGGGGGGGGCAAGAUGGGGCUAAGGGCCUUUCUCAGGGGCCCAACGGCAGCAUUAGUGUACCAGCCCCUGGAUUCAAAUGGGAUUAGGUUGCAAACCUUCAUAUCAUGGGAACUUGAUGAGUCUUAUCCUACUGGCCCACACACAACCACCCCUCCCCCCCAUCUCUUUAUCUGUCCACCCGUGAAAUCAUAUGUGAUUGGCUGCUCUGGUUUUCAUCACGAUCGGCAGACAAAUGACUCCCAGCUUCUUAGGACCAAGCCGGAAGCGUGAACUGUGAAAUUUAAGAGUAAACACCCAUGACUCUAGAGAUCUACAGGGAACACAGGACUGCCAACUUCGGUCAGCUGGCUGGAGUGGGAUUUUCAAUUUGAGACAAGUCUGCACACUCAUUAUCACCUUGUAAAUAGUCUGUAGGGCUUGUAAACUACCCCAACAGUUCCGAUGUAGCUAAUUUUAGGUUUAUAAUAGAAUAAUAUACAUUGGCUGUAAGAUUUCUGAGUAUCUGAAACCGUGAGUGUGACUCCAGAUGCGUAAGAGUUGGCAACCCUGGAAUAUCAGUCAUAAAGAAUUUGCAUGUCUUCCACAGGGGCCAAUGGGAAUUGUCUCGAGAGAUGUUUUGUCAUCACAUGUUCUCAGAUGGGCUCUCCACAACCUGGCUGUCUAACAUUUAGACCUGAAUAUGACCGGAGUCACUGCAGGUGCAGUGGGACAAGGCACCAAAUGCCAACACGCCUAGUGUCCACUUACUGUCCACAGCGAAUCACAGAGCAGGACACUGGCAUCAGCUUCUUGUUCAUCCAAUCAGAUGACUGUCUCCCUUCGAGAGGCCGAAAUGACCACAGCUAAAAUUACAGCCCUUCCACAGGAUCUGGACAUGGAAACAAUCAGUAAGGGGGUGCAGUACCGUGGGGGCCAGUCCGUCCUCUCCGGCCCCAGGUACUGCCCCGGCGUCAACAGUCACGGCGGCUACCUGUGCGAGACGGGACAUUGCUGCGGGGAGACUGGCUGCUGCACCUACUACUAUGAGCUCUGGUGGUUCUGGCUCCUCUGGACCAUGCUGAUCCUGUUCAGCUGCUGCUGCGCCUACCGGCACCGGCGGGCCAAGCUGCGGAUCCAGCAGCAGCAGCGGCAGAGGGAGAUUAACCUCAUCGCCUACCACGGUGCCUGCAACUACCCGGCAUCCAUGCUGGACCUCAGUUUCCUGGCCUCAUUCAAGCUCCCGUCCUAUGAGGAGGUGGCAGCCCGGCCCAACACCCCUCCUCCAGCAUACAACACGGUCUUCGCCCUGCAGGGGGCAGCGGCACAGUAUGCCCACGCGGGCCCCAGCGGCAUGGCCUCCUCUCACAGCUCCGACAACUACACCAGCUGCUCCUGCGAGUCCUGCUCUGCCUCCUCGCACUGCAGCACCUCCUUCUCCGUCCAGGUCACUGAUGAGACGGACACCAGCAAUGCCACCACGCCCAGCGAGAUGGGCGACCCCUGCCCUCUGGCCACUGAUACGGGCUCCCCCUCCGCAUCACUGCCCCCGCCCACCCUAUCAGACCCCCUCGGUGUUUUGGUGGAGCAGGAGGAGGACGGAGGCCUUGAAGAGGAGCCCCCUGAGGAGCAGCCCUCCCCCAAACCUACACAGUCCCCACCCAGACAUGCCCUCUUCUCCCCGAAUGUGGAUUUCUUUGAACCGGACGGGCGUGCCUCUGAGGCAGAUGUGGAGGAGGAAGAGGAAGAGGCUGAGGAGGCGGACGAAGGCCACUUCCGGCACCGGCGUCUGACGGGCGACUCGGGCAUCGAGGUGUGCCGCUGCCAGGUGGAGAGCGAGGAUGAGGAGGAGGUGGAGCAAGGGCGCCAGCUUGCCGGGGGCAAGGAGGUGGGGGAGCGCGAGGAGGCUGAGGGCCAGGAGAAGCCCGGCUUACUUCACGACAGCGUGGACUGCUCUGCCCGGGCUCUGGCACCAGCGCCACCUGCUGACGAGUGCCCCAGUCUGUGCGGCUCCACCUCCCUCCUCCCCAGGGGAGGAGAUUCUGUUGUCGGCAUGGAAACUGUGUGAGGGGCCUGAUGUGUGCCAGCAAUGGAACUAGACAGGAGCUAAUAGCGUGUGGGAGUAAUGACUGUGUGCAGCGGGAGGCAAGCGAGGAGGUGGCAUCUGACCCCCAGUCCUGCCACCAGGUGGCGCUCGGGGGGGGAGGUGCGUCACGGACCCUGGCUGUGUGCAACCCGACCCUCUGUACCACGCACAUGAAAAGGAGUAGGCGAACUACAAGAGCAUCCAGUGUCUAGAAGUUUCUAGAAGCAGAGGCAGGGGUCGUCCCCUGCUGAUCGGUCUCUGUCGGCGCCGCCGCAGGGAUGGUGUUUCAGGGGUAGUAGCUCUCCGCACAUCCGCAGCCAGAUGCUAAUGGACUGACGUAAGGAGUGAUGGAGGCACGGCUGUGCACACGGCGCCCCCUGCUGGGUCCGCCCCACCCCAGUGUGCUCACUUAGCCUCUCCUUCUGCCUCUAUACCUGAGUGUCAGUAGGUCGAUCCCAAACUCAUUUCUGGUUCUAGGGACAAGGAAGGAGCCGGUUUGACUUCUAAACCGGCCUGGUGUCCCCUAAAUGCUCCUGGCCCACGGGCCGGACCGACCACUGUCAUGGCCGACCUACCAUGCUGCUUUAGACUGGUCCAUUCAGAUGCAAUAAUUACACUAAUGAGGAUGGAGUUAAAACCAGUGAUGUGAUAAUGGUGGCACUAAGCCAGUAAUCCUUUCUCGUACGGCGUUGGACAAUAUGGUUGGUCCCUUCAGACGUGCUAAAUGACACCAAAGUGGUUUCAAUCUGCUAGAACUCUUGGAUUCCAGUUUAACCAGUGGCAAAGCUCCUCCUUGAAUUCUGGCGAUGGGAUUCCCAACCAGCUAUAUACAAAACAAGUAUUUAAAUAUAUAUAUGUAUACGAACUGCUGUGAAAUGUAUUAUGGCAUCCGAACAAUGCCCUCUGCAAUAUGUAUUAUCACAGCCCUCUCAGUAGAGGGCGCUGUUCUGCUUGUUAACGCUGCAGAAGCCUGUGGCUAUCCUUGUACAGGCUACUGCUAACCCUUACUGCUGAUGUUGAAUGUAAUUUGCCUCCAUCGUGUCAAACACAAUGUCAGCCUGACCCGGUCCUUCCUUCGGACCCGGGCAGCUAGAUUUCAGGCCUCAGUGCCUCCACACUUUUGAUGGUGUACCUCCCUGACCUGGCACCGGUUCCUUUAGCCACCCCAGUGAAAAAAACGUCAAGAAAAAAGCCUCACAGAGGGGGAUUAUAACUACUAUAGAACACAUGCUGGGUGGGCGGGAGGAAGCAUGGUACUCAUGGGUACUCAUGGGUACUCGUGGGUACUCGUGGUGAUGUAGAGGUGAAUUUAAAUCUGAUAACAUUUGAGUUUCAGAAUAAGUGUACGUUUUGAGGCAUCAUAUUUCUGUUUAAUGUUUAUUUUUUUGUAAUGGUUUGAGGAUAUGAAUGUUGAGCAAAAAGCAGCCAGUAGCGACCGGACCUGGUUUCCUGCGUAUCUGUGUGACGUCUCGUGUAUUUAUGGCCCAGCUCAACCUGGAGUGGAUCCCAUGCAGCUUCACUGGGUCCAUCAAGGCACGUUUGGCUAGAUGGAGUAACUCCUUCUUCCUGAUGAUCCAGCACGGCGUUGAGGGUGGGGGUACGUCCCGCCCAGACUGAAAUUCGCGGCUGCCGUAGGCCUGCUGUUCUUUGGGAGGAGGUAGCCUACCAUCCCCAUUCUCACCCAGUGUAUCCGGUCUUGCAAUUCAACCAGUGACUGUCGAUGGACUGUAAUUUCUCAUCCAUUAGCAGCUGCUGGCUGAUUUGAAGUGAGAAUGUAGGGGGAAUUUGUAAGUAUAAAGUCAGUACAAUCAUAACUUCAAUUUAUUUUUUUCCGUGAACAUGUACAACUAUAGCUGAAGUUAGAAAGAAAAGAAAGAAAAAAAUAGACCUGUAUGGACCUGGGGGGGGAUGUUCCACAAAGCAGGAUUUCUCAGUCAGCUGGAUCAUUUAAGCCAAACGUGAAAACUGUCCAAUAGGAAGGCAGGUAAGUGAGAUUCCUAUUGGACAAUCCUUACAUUUGUCUUAUCUGGCUAAUGAUGAAAUCCUGCUUUGUGGAAUUACCCCCCUUAUCAAACACAACAAAUAAAUCACAUAUUAUGUCAUGGGCUGUCUAUGAGCUUGCAUUGCGUAUGCAGUGGGGAUGGAUGGAUGGAUGGAUGAAUGAUGGAUGGAAAUUAUAAAUCAGUCAAUGAACUCACGGAAUAUCCCAGUGAUUAAAAGCAUGACUGUCAGACGAUAUAGCCCAUAAUAACCUGCUUUAUAUUAAUAAAUACCAGCUUAUCGUGAUAAUGUGGUUAAUAAUACACUCCAAGGCAGUACAGAAAAACCUGCAUUCAACCAAUUGCACCCUUAUUACAUUAUAUGGAAUAUGAACGUAAUAAAUGCAUGAAGGAUCCAUGGUGUCUGUCCCGACGCCGCCUCGGCAUUUAGUGCUUUAUCAUUAACUUGCGUCAGUGUCACCUGGGCCAGUGCAUGUGUCCCGUAAGUCAGACCAUGAUGCAGCCGUCCAUGGAACUUCCCUGAUGUGACGGUGACAUGGGGGGGAGCUCUACGUAGUAUUUAUUCAGACCCCUCCCAGAAUGUCCUUGGUGGAGAAUGUAAUUACACUCACUGUAAAGCAAUUUAUAUUUAAUGAGGAUUUUAAAGCACUUGUGACUUGAAGCGUAGAUUAUAUGUAGCUAUAAGGUAACCAUGUUGCCUUUUUCAAAUUGGACAUGAAGGCGAAGGUGACGUGAAUGUGUUUGAUGCUUGUUUUUUGUGAGACCCAAAUUAUACAGAGUCUCCAGUCAGAGUCCUACACUAUCAGAAAAAAUAGCUCCAAUUUGUACCUUUGCUUGGGCUGUAACCUCAAGGCUCUGCCAAUUGUACCCUUAGCUGUAGGUAAUUGUACCUUUUAAGGUACAGAAGUGGACUCUGGGGAACGUUUUUUGUAGCAUUGAUGGUACAUUAAUGUUGUUUGUACCUUAGGUUUCUCCGAGUCCAUUUCUGUAUCUUAAAAGGUACAUUUGCCAACUGAUAAGGGUACAAUUAGCAGACCCCUGAGGGUACAGUCCCAGUGACAAGCAAUGGUACAAAUUGGGUACCUUUUUUUCUGACAGUGCACCUGUAGACCUGCAGCUGUUUUGUUAAACAUCUGUUUCCGAGGUCCAGCACUAACAACGUCAAGGCUAGACUAGAUCACUUUGUCUUGUGGAUGCCAUUCCAAGCUUUAUUAUUCUUCUGCCCGUUCAUGGAUUUAUUAGUGGUAGAUCAGGGUAUUGCAGUUGGGGAAAGUUGUGUGAAGGCCGCAAGUGUCACGUGAUGAUGGGGUGGUGACAUCACUCUGACAACUCAUCGGCCGCCCACUGCCGCUCACUGAGGCGUGGAGCGGUGAGGUCAACCCGCCGAGCCGGGUGAUGUAACUCCGACACAUCAUUGGUUAGCCAGCUGUCACUCAAAGAGAAGGGGAACCCAGUGACCAAUGGUCUGCAAGAUGUUGCUAAUGGAGAUACGAAGUCAAAUUGGGGCCUGAAUCCUAGUCUUAAUGCUGAAUAGGCUUCCGGCCUUUCGUUUUGUCAUGAUACUUAUUUCAGACACACUGAAAAGAGGUGAUUCAGAUUAAAUGUUUUUUCUUUAAAUGA